AUGCAUGCACAACAACGUUCAGGAAGUCGUUCGCUUCAAAAGUUCCUCGUUUUCCAGCCAACUCCUCAUCCUUACGUCAACCCAAUGCGACGUCUUCAUCCACGAGAGAACCUUUUCGAUACGUUGCACCGCUAUGCCAUGAUCGUUGGCAGCAUUUCAUGCCUUCUGCAUGUGGUUCUGGAUGGGUUCCUAUCCUUACCGCUGAUCAUAGCAGUAUUCUACUUGAUCUGUGCACAUUACGGAUGUUCAUCUCGCAAUUCUUUCUCGAUCGCACAUUUUCGAGAAGUCUGGACGAACGCUAAAGCAAAGACUCUUCUUCGAAUUUUCUCCGUGACCGUGCUGUGUUUGAUACGUAUUCUUUUCUUAUCUCUUCGCGAAACUGAAGCCGACGAUACGAUCACAGUGUUCUUGGCAUACGUACAACUGUUGAUCGUUUUCACUGAUAAUCUGAGCCUUUGCUGUGAGUUGGAGGAGUCCCGCUCAUCCAGGCAACGAGGUUUUCGUUGGAAUGAACGACCGCAGGCAGCAGCAGCAGCAUGA